AUGAGUUCUCCAUCAUCUUCUCCAUCGUUCAUCUUACCAGAUAGCCCACCAGCCCACCAAUGCAUCCUCAACUACUGGCAGCGGAAAGCUGCCCUCGCUGCUGACUCGUCCGCUCCUGCACCUGUGCCAUCACCGCUCAGCGUGGAACCACCAUCGCCGGGUCAGCUCCAUCAAUGUCUAGCUCCAGCUGCUACCUGGGCACCGCAGCGAGCGGUGCUAGCUACCCUGUCGAACAAGAUCAAGCAGAAGCAGGGGAAGAGGAAGUUGACGUUUGAGGAGGCUGAAGUUAGUGGGGAAGAGGACGAGGAGACAAUCUACUCACAAACAAAGAAACGUGCUGGAAUGGAGGACAACUCCUCCAUGGUUCCACUACUAGAGGAGGUGCGGCGAGUGGGGGAUGAGUUGGACUUUGUGCAACUAAUCAACCAGCCUGUAGCCGAACCCUGGAUCCCGCUGAGGGAAUUAAAGGAGCACAUUCCCUACCCCAUUAUUGCAGCAAGGGAGCAAACGAAUAUGCAUGGGCGGUGGGUUAUUUUAAAAAUUAGCAAUGCAGGAAGCAAAUCUGUGAGUGAGGUAUAUUUACCACAACGAUUUGCUUCCUGCAUUAGCACGGAAAAAAUAGAGCAAUUUAAUGCUAAUUGUAAAAAUUUUGUAAUGAUGGUAACACAUAAGUCGGGGAAUUGGACUGAUAUAAGAAUUGUUAAGCAUCAACAAUUUUUAUAUCUAUACAAUUCGUCAACUUUUGUGAUACUAAUUGUAUAGAUGUAUGUAUGUGUGAAAGUAGUAUUAGUAGUGAAUAAAUUGUAAUAUUGUUUUUAUAAAAAUUGUUUUCAAUUCUUACCUGUUGUUGAUAACUUCACAAUGAAUAGUAGAAACACAGAAGAAGAAUGGUUCACCUGCUUACACUCUGUUGUGAAUGAUAUUUAAAUAAGGUGAGCACCCCUUUUAUAGUUUGUUGCGAGCAUGCUCAGUAGUCUUUACUGCUACACAGACACA